AUGUUAAGUGCUUCUCACACAGAUUUCAGAUUGAAAACUGAAUAGUUUUAGUAUUUGAAUCAACGCAUGGCACAACCAAGUGUUUGGACCGUGUUAUUUACAAGGAAAUCUUAAUGGAUUCUAUAGACAGUAUUUAUGAAACCUGGUGAGGGUGGUAAACCAGGGGAGGAAGGGUCUGUAUAUUGGAUCAAUAAUCCAGCCUGACCUCUGAUAACAGUCCAGGUACACUGUAAUGUGAAGGUACACUGGUCACUGGUGGGUCAGAAUUACAGUAUGCGAAUGGACUGUGUGUAAACAAGGACCAUGGUGCAGUAUCAGAUUCAGCAGCCUAAGGGCAAGGCAGCAGAUGUCCUUCUUGGAGAUCCUGGGGACGCCAAAAUAAAGCCAGCUAAGAAACAUUUUGGAUAUAUUUGGACUGCAUUAGCAAUUCUAACAGGACUAUUGCUGACAGCAAGUACUUUCUUGUUAGCUGCAAAUUUUCAAUGUGCAUUUAGAAGUCAUGGUAAUACCAAGAGCCAACACAGAUAUACUGUCACGCCUAAUGAUUUGCAACAUGCCAAGGAAUAUGGCAAAUGGGUCAAGAAUUUGCCAUAUGACAAGAGCUGUGGCAUUUAUUGUUUAUUCUAUAUGACACCAUCAGAAAAUGAAAAACAUGAAGAACCUGAGGUCAUUCCAGUCUCUGGAAACAUACCUGCUAAAAUUGACAAGAGCCAGCAGUGUACUGACAUUCCUCUGACAAUGCGAUUUGACUGUCAUCCAGAUAAUGAAGCAAGUCAGACAUCAUGUGAAGAGAGAGGAUGUUGCUGGAAAGAGGAAGUGGAGAUUCCUGAGAGGCAACACCCUUUCCCGGCUCCUCGCUUACAUCGACCCACUCAUGGUCCAGCUCUUGAAGAUUUACCCCUCAAUGUACCAUUCUGUUAUUAUCCACGAGACUAUCAAGGCUACUCCUUUGUUAAUUACACUUCUGAGGACCACGGAUACACUGGAUAUUUAAAGCGAGAUACAGCAAGUGGGUUUUUCGGUGAUAUUAAUGUCCUCAAGAUGGAUGUCUUCUUUGAAACUGAAACAAGAUUGAGAAUUAAGAUUACUGACCCUGCACGAGCUCGAUGGGAGACUCCAAUACCACAUGUUCCUGAUGUUACUAAACCUGUUAACAAGACAAGUUAUGGCUUUGAGAUUCAUGAAGUAGAUGGCGCCUUCACCAUCACCCGCAAAAGUAAUGGUCUCCCUAUAUUUGAUACCUUGGAUAUGGCUCCCCUAACCUAUGCAGAGCAGUUCUUGCAGCUGUCAACAAGCUUACCCUCUGAAUACAUCUAUGGAUUUGGUGAACACCUUGAGGGUUUGCUGCUUGACACAUACUGGAAACGUCGUGUUCUGUGGAAUGUAGACGAAGCACCAGUGGUUGGGAAUAAUUUGUAUGGGAGUCACCCAUUCUACUUGGCGCUAGAGCCAGGCGGUAAUGCCCAUGGUGUGUUUCUGCUCAACAGCAAUGCUCUGGAUGUUGUUCUGCAGCCUCAUCCAGCCCUUACUAUGAGAGCCCUGGGUGGUAUUAUUGACCUGUACGUGUUCCUCGGUCCCACCCCUAAUGCAGUAAUCAGCCAAUACACUGAAGUGAUAGGACGUCCUUUUUUACCACCUUAUUGGUCCCUGGGUUAUCAUCAGUGCAGGUAUGGCUAUGGGUCUGUGAAUAGAACUCAUGAGGUAUGGCAACGGACUCGUAAUGCUGGAAUCCCCUUCGAUGUUCAGUGGAAUGAUAUAGACUACAUGAAAGAUAACAAGGACUUCACAGUCGAUGAUGUCCAUUAUGGAGGUCUUUCAGAAUUUGUCAAUGAAGUUCACCUUGCUGGGAUGCAUUAUGUUCCAAUUAUCGACCCUGGUAUCAGUGCAGCAGAGCAGCCUCACACAUACCCACCUUGGGAUGAAGGUGUCAGCUUGGGUGUUUUCAUCCGCAAUUCUUCCAAUAUGCCCUUCAUUGGCAAGGUGUGGAACCCAGUGGCCACUACUUGGCCUGAUUUCACACAUCCACUGGCUGCUUACUACUGGGGUCGUCAGAUGAUGCGCUUCCACAAUCAGAUACCAAUUGAUGGGGCUUGGAUUGAUAUGAAUGAACCAUCCAACUUCUGGUCAGGCAGCUUCAAUGGUUGCAAGGAAACUAAACUGGAAAAGCCUGACUUUGUGCCACCAGUGCACGGUGAUGUUCUGUUUUACCAUACAUUGUGUAUGAGUGCCAGACACCACUUAGGCCUCCACUAUAACCUGCACAAUCUCUUUGGAUUUACAGAAACCAUUGCUACAAAUGCUGCCUUACAGAUAAUUCGAAGCAAACGACCGUUCAUAAUAUCCCGUUCCACGUAUCCUGGACAAGGUCACUAUGGUGGUCACUGGACUGGGGAUGUUUAUUCUGACUGGUUCAACCUCUGGCAGUCUAUUGCAGGAAUUUUGAACUUCAAUAUGUAUGGCAUACCUAUGGUUGGUGCUGAUAUUUGUGGAUUCAAUGGUAAUACAACAGCCAACUUGUGCCUGCGGUGGAUGCAGUUGGGAGCAUUUUAUCCGUUCUCAAGAAACCACAAUACAGAUGAUGCUUUUGAUCAAGACCCAGUAGCUUUGGGGGAGGAUGUGGUGGUAGCAGCCCGUAAUGCAUUAACUCAGCGAUAUAUGUUACUUCCAUACCUCUACUCUCUUUUCUUCAAUGCACAUCUCACAGGAGAACCAGUGGCCAGGCCACUCUUCUUCCAAUUCCUCAAGGAUCGACGCACAUAUGCCAUUGAUACACAGUUUAUGUGGGGUCCAGCACUCAUGAUCAGCCCUGUUCUUAAAGAGCAUGUAACUAGUGUGCAGGCAUACAUCCCUCAUGGUUUCUGGUAUGACUGGUAUGAUGGUAACCUCAUUGAAGGUGAAGGAGACUACAUGAACCUGGAUGCCCCUAGAGAUAAGAUCCCAUUAUUGGUACGUGGAGGAUACAUCCUUCCAGUCAGCAAGCCUGCCAACACUACCACUGACAGCCGCAAAAAUGGUAUUGGUGUCCUGGUGGCACCAAGUGAGUUUGGCCGAGCCAGUGGAGAGUUCUAUUGGGAUGAUGGAGAAGCUGUUGAUACUGUUGAAAGUAAGAUGUACUCCCAUGUGCAAUUUGUGUCGGGCCCUGGCAUUGUCAACUUUAACUGCACCAGAGCUGGAUAUACUGCUCCUAUCACCCUUGAUUACAUGUACAUCUUAAAUGUGUCCAGCAAUGUAACGAAGGUUGAUGUAUCGGGAAGAAAAGUACACUUUCAGUAUGAUGAAUCAAAUAAGGUAUUGUCUGUUUCUGACAUAGGUAAGAAUCUCCUGAAACCCUUUACUGUAACAUGGAAGUAAUUAUCUCUAAAUUUGGUUGUAGCAGAGGGGAGAAGAAAAAGGACAAAUCCCAUGUACUCAUUACUGUAUGUUCAUUAUUUUAAGCAAAUUUUGAUUACCUAUGAUUAAUAUUUUUUAGAAUAUUUAAAAACAGUUAUAGUCAGAUCUCCUAUACUGCAUUCCUGAAGAACAUCAUGUUAUGAUAACAGUUGAUUCAAUGGGACUAAAGGGGUUAUGGGGUAGUAGGUUCAAAGACACCAACAUAACUGACAAUUUGCUUUACAAUUUGUGAUAUUAUUGUUCAAGGAGCUUAGUGGUCGAGUGGAUACAGCGCUCGCCUCCUGUUCCAGAGGUCGUUAGUUUGAUUUCCUGGUGCUCCCAGUUUACCCAGCUGUUAAUGGGUACCUAAGUUUAACACUUACGGAAGUGAGUUCGGUUGAGUGCAGUAAUAGCAAUCCUGUAUCCUUGUGUACUAAAGGCUUAGUAUACAGUGUGCUGUAUCCACACUGCCUAACGGGCAGUUAUGCCUAAGGAAUCCACUUUCACUUUCAUAUUAUGUUAGUUUUUGUGAAUAAAAGCAUUAGAAGUGGGAAAAAUGCUUGUUACAGUGUGUUAGUGUAAGUUGCUUUGUGAUAGAAAAUGUAGCUGUGAAGAGAGAAAAUUAUGUAAUUAGUGGAGUGUGAAUCUCUUAAAGAGCUAUUUAUAAUAAAACUUUUUUUAAAUCAAAAUAUUUCUGAUCAUAAGAAAUGUAAAUAAACUUAUGAAAAUGUUUGGGAGACAAAUAGUAAAGUGUAAAGCACAGUCUGCGAUAACACUUGCUUUACGUAUUUGGGAUGAACAAAGACUGAGGUGUGUGGGGUUGCCAAGUCUAACUUUUCUAUCAUUACUAGAUUCCCGAGAUUCAUUAUCAAAUUGAGUGUUUCAGUACCCAAUUUUUUAGCAUACAGUACAAUUAAAAAAUAUAUAUAUUAAGGAAAACUGCAGUUAGCCCAGUAGCUUACCUUUACUGUAUAUAACUGAAGUGUAGAUAAAGUUGUUUACACUGUAUCGGUAAUAAUUUAGUCAUACAAGCAGUGAAAUCAUCACUGCCCUCCUCCAAGUUCAUCCCUUAUGAUCACAUGUGCAAACUGAAUUAAAUUAGGGUCAAUCCCAAAUCAUUUUCAUUCAUAACCAAAUGGAUUUUUCACUACCAAAUUGCCGCCAUGGGCAGCAUCUAGAAACGUCCACCAGCAUCCUGCCUUGUUUGACACUACACACUGUGGCAGCUGCACAACAGCUUAUUCCUACUUUUGUAUAUGUCUGCUAAUUUGUAUUCUUCCCAAUUCGCAUCCACAGUGUAAAAAAUGUGUUCCCUAAUAUAUUUGUCACAUUAUAAACAAUUUGUGAUAUGAAAACACGCGUUAUAGGAGAACAGAUUGUAUAAGAAACUCAUAGUAUUUAAUGUGAGAAGAAUUCAUUUCUCAGAAUGGUUGUGUUCCAUAAGUAAAAUAAAGGAGAAAUUGCUUUAUAAACCUUGAGGUUUGGUAUAUUAAUGUAUGCUUGUAAUUUAUAUAACAAUAAUUUUAACUACUGUAGCAGUAAAGGCUCCAUUUGUCCAUACCCUAUGGACUUUCUUUCUCUAUGUAGCUGUAACUAUGAUAUAUAUUAACUAAUAUAUAGACUGUUGAUGAUCAGUAUAAUACCAUUGGAUUUAUAUGUCUGAGAACUGUGUGGAGUUUUAAAUGUUCAGAGCUUAAUCACAUUAUCAUGGUAGAAUAUUAUCUUUUAUAGAAGCUGAUGAAUGUCCCUCCUGUGAUGGCAUUCUUAUAUCUUGAGAGUUGUAUGUGUAUUUGUCUUAAGUUUUUGCACAAAUCACUUCAAGAAAUUCCUCAUCUCAUUAGUGCAGUUUAGUACUUAGGAAUAUAAACGUAUUUUAUUAUUAUCCAUUUGUGUGACAAAAUAAAACUAUAAUGGGGCUGUGUAGAACUUAAACCUUGACCCAAGAUUACUACAGAUUUCGGUAAGCCUGACCAUGCCAUCCAGAUCUCGGCAAAAAUGCAUGCCAGGGAGGGAGGCAAUGGUAAAGAUGGUUUUUGGGCAGUAAGAUGUAAGUACACUAAUAUUCCCAGUACAGGCACUAGUCAUAGGAGCUCUGGAACCUUUACCCUCCCUGAAUACAGCUUUUGCCUUUACACAAUUCUUCAUCUUCCAAAAUUUAACUUUUUCCUCCUUGGCCAGGAGCUAACCCAGUGUUUGUCAAACUAAGCCAUUCUCCUGUUAACUUGUUUCAUCAAAGGUCAAUGUCUUUGCCUGAGCGUGAUGACUUGUGACUUAUUUUCUCCAAUCACCAAAAUCUGAAUUGUUUCUUACUGGCCAACAUCCAACAUGCACCUCAACUAUUUUUAUUCCUUUGGUGAUAUCUACCAUAAAAAAAAUUUUCUUGAGUAUAAAUUAGUUCUAUCUUGGCUAACACCCUACCCAUAUUCAAACUUGAUUAAUGUCACUGUUAGUUUCUAAUAUAUUUUUUUCACAGAUACCUUGACAGACCCACAUAAAGAGUAAAAUCAAUAGUACUAUAUAUCUCAUUUUGGGUUUGUAGAGUAUAUGAUCAUCUGUCAGCAUUGGCAAAUGUUACCCAUUGAGACAUACAGUAAUUUUUUUUUUUUUUUUUUUUUUUUUUAGAAAUUAACAGCUUUAUAACUAUUACAUGUUCAUUCACUAGUAAACUUUUUUUUAAAUGAUUCACUGAUCUUGAUAAUGCAGUUGACCCUUGCCAUUCAUGAUUUCGACGAUUCACGAUAAGCAGAUGGCGGUUGUGGUGGCUAGUUUGCGAGCCUUUUUUCGCAGCACAAUGAGUCACCCCACGCAGCAUCUCGUGUUGUAUUCCCAAAACUUUAGUGUUUCUGUGUGAAAUGGCCCCUAAAAGACUGCCUAGUGUCAGUGCUAGUGGAAUGAAAUGUUAAAGUCAGAAGUCAGUGAUGACCCUGACAAAGAAAGUUGAAUUAUUAGAUAAGUUAAAAGAGGGGAUGAGUGCUGCCGUGGCUGGUUGGUUGUUUGGUAUAGGUAUACAGUCGUGCACUAAGGUAGUGUAAGUUGCUAUUCGUGGUUUUGCCUAUUCACGCCAUUCCUUGGAAUCUAACCCUCGCGAAUAACAAGGGUUUACUGUAUAGGAUUAGGGAAGAGGCUUGGUUUCAGGUAUUAAUAUUUACUGUAUUUUAAAUCUCCAAAACCAUAGAAACAUAGUGUGGGGACAGUGUAUGACUAUUAAUAUGAACUACAGUAAUUAUAUUAUUGGUUGUAAUGAUGCACUUGUCAUUUGUAUAUACAGUAGUGUUGUGAAAUUGUGCCAGUAACAAAAUAAAUAGAUACAGUAUAUGUAUCAGUGGCGGAUCCAGGUGGGGGGGGGGGGUGUCAGUUGAACCCCCCAUUUUCACAUACAGAGUACUUGUAAGACUCGCCUGGUGUCAUGUUAGACUAAAUCAUGUCGGAUCAAAUGUCAGUUCGUGCCAAGACCAACUCGUCCACAUUCCUGGCUAGUGGUAUAACACUUACACAGUCUGUUUGUCAUCAAAGUACCAGGAUUAGUGUCCUAUGUUAGGUGUAGGUAAUUUAUCUCUACAUUAGUACCCACCUCUGGUCAGUCGAAUCCCCUUUUUUAAGGCUAAUCUCAAUGAAAAAUGGACAGAAUUUUUUUACUCCUGCUAAAAAAUAGCACCAAAAAAUCUAGUACUCAUAUAAAUGGGCAACAUCAGGCUGAAAUGAAUUGACGGAAGUCCAAUGAGGUCAUUGGGACGGCAGGUUGUCCAAUCCGGUAAAAAUUCCUGACCAAGAGUCAGGUAUGAGGUUACUUUGUGUCCUUGUUCUUCUGUAGCUUCUGUCAGUUUCCCCAAAGGUUCACCUGAGGUGAGUUGGCAGGUUUUUAGGCUGUUUUCUACUCAAGUUGGCAUGAUUUAGGGUCAGUUAAUGAGUAAAGUGUGGUAUCUAGUAAAUGCAUGGCUGGAGGGGCACCAUAACAUGAACAGCAAUGUACAGCAUAAGGAGAAACCCACAAUGGCAGUCGGAAUGUUUAUUUCAAACAGGUGACGUGAGGUGAUGUCUUUUGUAUAUACGAGGCUUAUAUAGAGAUGAAUGUGCCAAUCUUCUUCUCAUAAUUAAUGCAUGAUCAAUAACAGAAAUGUGGCAAUUUUUAUAAAGUACAGUAUUGAUUCUUAAUGUUCCCCAAUAGUCACUUUCUGACCUGAUAGUAACAGGAGGUUGACUUUGACUGUCACUCAGUGUCCCAAAGCUGCCCUCCUUCUUAGGCCUCUCACUCAUCAUGCCACUGAGGUGUAGUAAGCCAGUACCUUUGAUAAUUCCUGUGUGUGUGAGAAUUACGAAGUUAUUGGCAAGGCGAUUGGAAAAAAAGUUGGCGGCUGGGCCUGGCUGGCUAACAAAGGUAAAACCAUCAUGAUAUCAAGAUCACAGAGGAACCAUGUAUACCUAGAGUUGGGCCAUUAUGAGAUUAUAACCAUAAAUAUUAUUUACCCAUACUGCCCUGGAAAUUAUUGACAAUAAUAAAAGUGAUUAAAAAAUCUGCUACAAUGAUUUCAUGUACAGUAUACUAAUACCAAAUACUGUAUGCCACUCACAAAACCAAGUUGUGGUGGAAAUGUGAGAAAAGAUACAUUGGUUGCUGUUGGGUCAAUAUGACAACAAGCUUUGUUUUGUUACUUUAUGUUGAUUAAGUUAUUUAUUAAGUCAUGAUUUUUUUUUAUAUACUAUCUAUAAUGCCAUGAUACUGUAUACUGUGUUGUCAAUCUGUGGAAGUCAUAAACUGCAUUUGAUUUUAUUACCUGCACUUUACUUGUUAAUGGAAUUUCGUGAAAAUUUGAAUUUUUUUCCAAACCAAAAUAAUGACUUUUUUUCAGUGACAGGUACUUUUUUCUUAUGACUUUAUUUCCGUUCACCCAAAAUCCAAACCCUCCUCAUAAAAUCCUGGAUCCGCCCCUGCAUAUUAAGUGUUGCAUUAUCUCUAUGUGAUAAAUUUUGUAUUUUCAUCAUUGAAGCACUUGUUUAUCAAGAUACGAGUCAGGUGUCUUAAUGUUUUCAAAUAUUUUACUGUCAAAUCAAGUAUCAGAGCUCUGAGGCUGUAAUUGGCAUUAUGAUUAUAUCCAACUGAUGUGUGUAUUACAAUAAAAUAUAUGCUUUAA